CAGGCUCCUCCACUUUGUUUAUGGGAGGCGUACCAGCACAAAUUCAGCCGGAUAUAACGAAAAUGCACUUUCAGUACAUGACACCGUGUCUGAACUAUAGUGUUCCUUUGCUGAAAGCUGACAAGCUUUGGAAUCAUCCGCAAUUUCGUCGCAAUCGUAAAUUGGUUAUAUUAGCUACGGGCUGGACAAAUACGGUUAACGCUUCAGCUACCAUUGCGAUGAUAUCGAGGGCUUUUAUGUGCAGACCUCGCGUGAAUUUUGUGAUUGUAGAUGCGGCUUACUAUGUGGACACCUUGUACAAGUGGUCAGCCUUGAAUACUGAUCUCAUUGGCGAGCAUAUAGCUGUUGGCUUACAGCAUUUGAUUAAAGUCUCCCCGUUGAUUGAUAUUCAUUUGAUAGGUCAUUCAUUGGGCGCACACAUCAUGGGCACCGCUGGGCGGACAUUCAAACAACUGACGGGAUAUCGUGUGUCUCGUAUUACAGCUCUGGAUCCUGCCAAGCCAUGCUUUCGCAAUGAAAAGUCGCUGCCCGGUCUAAUGCGAGGGGAUGCUGAAUUAGUAGAUGUGAUACAUACAAAUAAUGGUAUUCUGGCUAAACGAGAUCCAAUCGGUGACAUAGACUUCUAUCCCGGUGGUGUUCAUCCCAUAAAGCCUGGCUGUCUGACCAUCGGCUGCUCUCACACGCGAGCAGUUGAGUAUUUUGCAGAGAGUGUUUAUCCACAGCAGGAGCGCAGCUUUGUGGGUACUCGAUGCAGCUCCUGGAAGAUGCUUGAAUGGCACAGGUGCAAAUCUGACAUAACUUCAACCAUGGGUUACUUGAUAAACAGAAAGGCCAAUGGCAUUUUCUACGUGGAUGUGAAUGCUCGAAGUCCCUUUGGGAAGAACUACAAUCUACCAAGGAAAGGUAUCGCUGACUGCGCUAAAACCAGUUGCAUUUCUAAAUUACUGAGUAAAUUGCAAUAGUCCAAGUUUUUUAACAAUUGCUAAAUAUAUGUUACAUUU